AUCUACCUUGCUUCAAAACAUUGAAAAUAUAAAAAAGAAAUCGAAAUAAUUUCAAAAUAUUUUCCCCAAAACCCGCAAACAUGGAUGAUGAAAUGAUUCGCAAGGCCAUGCAGGCAAUGAAUUGGAAUUCACUGUCUGAAAUUCCCAUGGCCAAUGAGGAAAAUCGCCUGCUUUUGAAUGAAAUACGUCUGCUAGAGGAGAAGAAAGAGGAAACGUUGGAAUAUCAACAGCAAACCGAAGAACGUCUUAAGAAGCUUCAUGAACAUUCGAAAAAUGCCGAAAUCACAAUUAAUCAUAAUUUGAAACUUCUGAAUGCCUAUCAAACUGAUGUAAGGACAGAGGCUCAUCUAUACAAACUUGCUGUGAGAGAACAUUCCAAACUCAAAGUGGAUCUUAGAAAUUCGGACAAGGAAUGGAAGAAGUCCAGGAAACAUAUUGAACAUACAGAAAAGGAAAUGUGUACCUGCAAACAGAACAUUGACAAUUUAACGAAUCGCAUUAAAUGGGCCAAAACAGCCCUGAUCGAAUGGCGCAAAGCCACGGAGGAUGGUAGUAAGGGUUAUCAGCUCAUCGAAAUGUACUACAAGGACGAUCAGAUGCGAGCCAAACAGCAGAAUCAAAAACGUGAAAAAUUAAAUGCCGAAAUCGACAAGUGUCGUCAAAAGCUCAUACACAUGUAUGACGAGCAAAAGACCCUGGAAUGUAAUUUGGAGUGUACUGCCAAUUUGUAUCGUACCGCACAUGCAGAACGCCGUGCCAUGGUGGAUACAUGGAAAUUGGCAGCAGGUCAAAUGUCACAACGUGAAAAGGAUAUACGCAAUAGUGAAAUGGCAUUGAUAGAUUUGCGCAAUCAGGCCCACAAGACGGCAAGAGAUCUAAAGGACAUGGAUACAAAAUUAAAUGGAAUCAUCGAAAAUAAUCGUGAAGUCGAGGCUGCUAUAGAACAGCUGAAUUCUGAGACAUCUGAUAUGAAGGAGGAGAUGCAGAGACUCAUCGAUGCUGUGGCAUUGAAAACUAAUGAGGUGGAUCUCAUCCAAAAAGAGCUGCAAAACCUUGCCAAUCGGGUGCAACAGCAACGCAUGGAAAAUCGCCGUACGAUGAAAACAAAAGAAGAUCGCAUUAUCGAAUUGGACAAUGCCGAGAAAAUUGUGACAAAAUUAGAAGAACGUCUGCGUUCUAUGUCCGAUAAGAAUAUGAGUGCCCAACAACGUUUACAAACACUGGAGGAUUUAAUGGAUGUCGAAGAUCGUGCCCAAAAGGCCGUCAAUAAAGAAACAGAUCGCAUCAAUGGUUUGAUCUAUCGUUCACAAUUACAAUUGGUUAAAUUCCGCGAAGAAGGUUUGGCAUUGACGGUGGAUAAUCGUGGUAUUUUAUCAACAACGUCGGCUAUUGUAAAAAGCAUGGAUGCCACCGAAAAGGAAUUGAGAAAACAAACGGAGUGCAACUAUGAAUUGUCCUUCAAAAUCCUGCAAUUAGAACGUCGAAUUCUACAUUUACAAGGCAGUUGCAUUGAUCCCGAAAUCGAGCAACGCAAUCAAUUCUAUUUAUCCGAACUUGAAGAACGUAACAGCAAACUACAAAAAGGCGUUCAGGCCACUCAACAGCAGAAUAAAAAACUUGAAGAUGAUAUGCGGAAACUUACCAUAACUUACAACAAAGAUAUGGCCCAACUGGACGCGGUUAAUUUUAAAAUCAAAGAGGCUCAGGUCUACUGCGAAGGUGGUCUGAAGCGGAUCAAAGAAGAAAACAAACGUAAUCAGGAGUUAAUUGUUGAACUGAGUAUUCUGAAGAUGCGGGCAAAUGAAUUCGAGGAAGAAAUUAACAAAUGUGAAGAUAGUGCCUAUAAUUUGGCUAAACAUCGUAUGCAUUUGAAUCGAACCAUUCGAGAUCGUAUGGUGGAGAUAAAAAGCCAAAUGGAUGUACUGAAUUUGAAACGUAAGCAUCAGCUGGAAGAAGUGAGUACUCUAAAGGCGGAUAUAGCCGAGAGACGGAAGCACAUUGAUGCAGUCAAGGCCCGUUUUGAGUUGACAACAAAGUUGCUGGGCGUCAAUGAGGAUGGUACGAUGGUUACGGCAACCCAAUUGCGAGUGGAAACAGCUCAGGAAAAACAAAUGCUUUUAGAUGAGGGCAAUGAGCUCAAUGAAAGAGUUCUCAAGGCGGAACGAGAAAUAGAGGCCUUACAAAAUACCCUGGCCUUGUUGAACAACAGCAACGAUGUCUAUCGAAAACAAAUGCAAAAAAUUCAAGAUGGAGAGGAGGCCAGUGCAGAGUUAAAAUUAUUGCAAGUCAACUACUGUGCAUCACUGAAUACCCUGAGAAAUCUGCGACAAGAAUUCCAAGAUUUGGAACAAAAGAUACAGGAAGCUUACAAGGAGAGGGAUGAACUGGAGAAACUACUAACAAAAGAAACUAAUAAGAGAUGUGAAAAUGCAGACUUCCUUGCUAAAUUGCAAAAAGAGUUACAGGACCAAGCAAACAAAUUAACAAGGGCAGAACGUGAACUGAAAACUGCCCUAAAGGCCAUAAAACAAAGGGCCAUUAGCGAGGAAUUCUUGAGGUUAUUUGAUCAAGACUUGGACCUAAGGGAAAUGGAAAAACGUAAUCUAAACGUCCUCAAUCAAUUGGGUGAAAUUGCCUAUGGAGAUUUUGAACUUGGACCCAAGGUAGCUCGCCAAAUUUUAGAUCGGGGCCUUAAAAUGCCUCAUAUGAUGCAAAAGACACGCAGCUCUGUCUCUUGGCGCAGCGAUACAUCCUUCGACAUGAUGUCUUACUCUUCAUCCAAGGAGAUGUUUACUUCACGAUCAUCCCAAUCGGAAAUGUCCGAGUUAAAGCAAACAUCUUCAGCCCGAUUGAGUGUCGUCUCCAUUGAAUUGCCCGACAAAAAUAAAUCAAAAUAAUUACAUUUAAUUUGAAAGAUUUAUAUUGAAAUUUCAAAAUCAUAAAAUUAUAAGAGUCUACAAUAAAAUUACCAUUAUCCGAUUGUAUAA